AUGACCUCCCUGGGUUCCCAGCUCUGCAGGGCAGCGUUCCUGACAACUAUCUUGCUGCUGUUGGUGCAAGUAAAGGUGGCGAAGACUCUGAAGGGUAGCUCAAGUCACAAUGAUGGGACUCAGAAAGAGAAAAUGUCCCCUGCAGACCAGGGACAAGAGCAGUUUGAAGAGCACUUUGUGGCCUCAUCGGCGGGUGAACUGUGGCAGGUGAUAGACAUGGCCCAACAAGAAGAAGACGUGCUCUCCCAGGCAGCAGCCCGCCGGGGUCACCUCUUCAAUCUAGCCUUCUGCUUCUACCUGGCCAGCAUCAUGGUUUUUUUAUGA